AUGGCCAAGUCCAUCGCGACGGGCGACCUGCAGACCUUGGUCGGCGGCCCGCUCUUCCUGCUGCUGACCAAGUACCACAACGAGCUCGGCCCCGUCUUCAAGCUCGCCUUCGGCCCGCGGUCCUUCAUCGUCGUCGCCGACCCGAGCAUCAUGCGCUACAUCCUGCGAGACGGCGCGAUGAACUACGACAAGGGCAUCCUCGCCGAGAUCCUCGCGCCCAUCCUCGGCAACGGCCUCAUCCCCGCGGACCCGGACGUCUGGCGGCGGCGGCGGCGCGUCAUCACGCCGGCCUUCCACAAGCAGUGGCUCGCGUCGACGCUGAGCCUGUUCGACGAGUGCACGAUGGAGCUCGUCGACGAUUUGAAGGCGCGGCACGCGACCGCGGAGCCCGCCCCCCUCCCGGCGACGGUGGACGCCUGGACGGCCUGGAAGGCCGACGACGCGCAGCCGCGCGCCCUCGGCGCCGUGGACAUGGAGGAGCGCUUCUGCUCCGUGAGUUUGGACAUCAUCGGCCGCGCGGUCUUCGACUACGACUUCGGCUCCGCCAAGGCCGAGUCGCCCCUCGUGCGCGCGGUCUACCGCUGCUUGAUCGAAGCGGAGAAGCGCACGACGGCCUUCAUCCCCUUCUGGCUCAUCCCGGGCGCGCAGUUCCUGCCGUCGCAGGUCGCCUUCAAGAACGACUUCGACCUGCUGAACGCGAAGCUCGACGAGCUCGUGGCCCAGGCCUUCGAGGAGCAGAUCGACGAUGACGACAUGCUCGAGGCGGGCCAGGAGGUCACGAAAGCAUCGACGGAGCGCAUCUCCUUGCUGCGCUUCCUCGUGACGAUUCGAGGGGAAGAGGCGUCGACGGGCCAGCUCCGCGACGACCUGAUGACCAUGCUCGUCGCCGGCCACGAGACGACGGCGGCGCUGCUGACCUGGACCCUCUACGAGCUCUUCCACCCGUCGAAGCGCGCCGCGGGCCACUUGGAGCGGUUGCGCGCGGAGGUCGACGCGAACUUCGCGCUCCGAAAAUCCGAGAACCGGACCGCGACGGCCUACGCGGACGUCGUCGACUGCGCCUUCGCGCGGCUCUGCCUCGCCGAGGGCCUGCGGCUCUACCCGCAGCCGCCCCUGCUCAUCCGGCGCGCGCUCGACAGCGACGAGCUGCCGCAGCCCUACGCGGACGGGAGGAGGACGGCGCCUCCGCCCCCAAGCGGGCCGCCAUCGCGAUCCUCGCCGCGGUCGUCGCCGCCGCCACGCUCUAGACGCGCUCUACAACCCCGUCGCAUGCUGUCUUCCAGCGAGCCCGGCUGA